UAGGUGGGAAAGAACCUAGAGGAUGGCUCUGAAUGACUGUUUGCUUCUAAACUUGGAUGUGGACCAUUUCGUACACUGCAACAUCUCUAAUCACAGUGUGGAUCUCCCCACGAACGACGACUGGUUCCACCCGGGGGUCCUGUAUGUCAUCCCUGCAAUUUAUGGGGUCAUCAUUCUGAUAGGCCUCGUUGGCAACAUCACCCUGAUCAAGAUCUUCUGUACCGUGAAGUCCAUGCGAAAUGUACCGAACCUAUUCAUCUCCAGCCUGGCUGUGGGAGACCUGCUGCUCCUGGUAACCUGUGCGCCUGUAGAUGCCAGCAGGUACCUGGCCGACAGAUGGCUGUUUGGCAGGAUUGGCUGCAAACUGAUCCCUUUUAUCCAGCUUACCUCGGUAGGGGUGUCUGUCUUCACACUCACAGCUCUCUCAGCAGACAGGUACAAAGCCAUCGUCCGGCCAAUGGAUAUCCAGGCCUCUCACGCCCUGAUGAAGAUCUGCCUCAAAGCCGCACUGAUCUGGAUCAUCUCCAUGUUUCUGGCCAUCCCAGAGGCUGUAUUUUCUGACCUACAUCCCUUCCACGAGGAAAGCACCAACCAGACCUUCAUUAGCUGUGCCCCGUACCCACACUCUAAUGAGCUGCACCCCAGAAUCCACUCCAUGGCUUCCUUCCUGGUCUUCUACAUCAUCCCGCUGUCGAUCAUCUCUGUUUACUACUACUUCAUCGCCAAAAAUUUGAUCCAGAGUGCUUACAAUCUACCCGUGGAAGGGAAUAUACACGUCAAGAAGCAGAUCGAAUCCCGGAAGCGCCUGGCCAAGACAGUGCUGGUGUUUGUGGGUCUCUUUGCCUUCUGCUGGCUCCCCAACCAUGUCAUCUACCUGUACCGCUCCUACCACUACUCCGAGGUGGACACCUCCGUGCUCCACUUCGUCACCAGCAUCUGCGCCCGCCUCCUGGCCUUCACCAACUCCUGCGUGAACCCCUUUGCCCUCUACCUGCUGAGCAAGAGUUUCAGGAAACAGUUCAACACCCAGCUCCUCUGUUGCCGGCCCAGCCUGAUGACCCGGUCUCACAGCUCCGGCAGAAGCACCACCUGCAUGACCUCCUUCAAGAGCACCACACCCUCCGCGGCCGCCUUCAGCCUCAUCAACGGAAACAUCUGUCACGAGGGGUACGUCUAGACUGACCCUUGACCCUGCCCCCUAGGGACUCCUGGCUUUGCCUUAUGGCUGGUAAGGAACCCUCGCCUCUGUUGUUGUCUCUGUACCCUCCAAAGACCCUUUGGCAGGCUCAUGAGCGAUGUGGGCGGGUUGGGGGGAGGCCCAAAUGGGUCACCAUUAUGUUGGAAAGGCCCAUCAAGGCGUGUGUUUUCCAUUUCAACUUGUGAAUGCUGCUUCUGACGCAGAGCAAACUUUCCCUUUUUUAGAAAAGGGAACAAAUAGGAAAUCAUUAUUUUAAGCAUUAAACCCUGACAUACAGAUGUGCUCAACUAAGUCAUAGAAACUAUACGAACAACCAGAUUUAUAUAGCAGAGAAAUUGUACACUGAAUGUCCACUUUGUGAAAGACUUCACCUUGUCAUUUCUUUAAGCACCAGUCAGUGCUUUAAGAAUACGAUUUGAGUCAUUUUUCAGGAAUACUUAUAAUCACAAACCAAGGAACUUUUUUUUACACUUGUAAUAUGAAAAGUCAACCCUAGGCGAGUCCCAUGUAUAAGGGACAGUCCCCAAACUGAUAACACUGGAAGCCAAUUUAAAACAAAUCCCUGAGUGUCGAUUGUUUUUAAAAGACAUUGCUGAGGACAUAGGAGAAACACUCACCACAUCAUUUUAAGGCAAAAACACAACCAAACACACUGACACAUAUAUUGAGGUCCAGGUGUAGCUGGGGAGUGAUAGCUCACACUCCGAAUUCUAACUCAAUGCAGGUCCUUUUUGCUGUUACCCAAUUGCAAUCAUCCAUGGUGUGGUUCCACCAUAUCAGAGAAAUCCUUCGCGGGGAAAAUUGAUCAUACUAUCCAUUCAUCAAACAUGUAUAGAAGUGCAUAAAGUAUAGUAUUUAUUUUAGGCAUAUAGGUUUUCAGACAAAUGUAUUUACUUCUAUUUGGCUGUCCUUGUCUGCUACAGUGAAGAAGUAGUUUCACAUGAGAAGAAAGGGAUCAUAUUUGAGUGGAAAUAGAAACAUGUUUACAUUUAAUAUCUGCUUUACCUAAAGUCUGUGGCAGGAAAUGAAUUCAAUGUCAGUAAUAUGUGUUUCUGUCUCAGUAUGUGUAAGAAAGUUGCAGGGGGAGGUCUCAGCUUUAAGAACUGAUUGAAAGACAGCUACAGAUACAUUAAGUUUCUACUUAUGAAGAGUAUUUAUGAAACAGCCCAUGUGCAGAAAAAUACUGGACUUAAAUCUUUUUUGUUUUCUAAGUGAGUAAAAGGAUUUGACUCUCUUUCUUUAGAUACCCUGAAUCAAGUUUUUCUUGACUCAAGGACAGGCCAAUUCUGACAGAUUGCAAAUGUGUUACCCCACUUUCAGAUAAAUCCAAAUUCUGCAAAUGUGCCCUCAUGUGUAGCCCUCACACACUAAGACAGUUUUAGUUCCGGUUUUCUCUAUCCGGGUGAGAUAGAACAGUCAGCUCUCUUUUCCACAUGAGAUUUUUAUAAGAUUUUUGUGUCUUGAUACAAGGAAGUGCUCACUGUCUACAGAGCUUUAGCAGUUGGGACCAAGACUGUUGUAAAGAUCUGUAUUUAUAAUUGUAUUAGCUGGAGUGAACCUCUGCACUUCUGUUUGCUACAUGCAGUUACAUACUGUACACACCUGCUUUCCUGGUGCUCCAUAAUUACAUGGGACAGUUUGAAAAGCAGACAGGUAGUAUAGCUGAAAGAACCAAGAUUUUUAGCUUGACAUCCCAACUCUGUCAUAUAUGUGUG